AUGUUGCGGAAGUUUACUAAUGGAGUAGAAUUGCUAAGGCUAGGGCAAACUAGAUUUGCUACUGCUUUUAUUACACUGGGAAGGAUUCAUCUUCAGAAAGCCAACAUUAGAAAAAUGUUUACUUCGGAAAGUUGGACAACUAGUAAAUGGGCUAAAGAGGUGAAAUGCAAAAAGUGUGAAAGGACGGUUUUGAGUCCUGCCUUCUGGAAUCAUGUUGUUUAUGCUCUUAAGGUUUCCGGUCUUCUUGUUCGUGUGCUUCGACUUGUUGAUAAUGAAAAAAAGCCAGCUAUGGGAUAUAUUUAUGAAGCCAUGGAUAGGGCUAAAGAAGCCAUUGCCAACUCACUCAAUGGCAAUGAAGAGAAAUACAAGAGCAAUUUUGAGAUUAUUGAUGCGAGAUGGUCACUUCAAUUGCAUCGUCCUUUGCAUGCUGCUGGAUACUUUUUGAAUCCUGAAUUUUUUUAUCCAAAUAAGAUGAGAAUUGAAUCUGAUGAAGAGGUCAAUACAGGAUUGCUUUCAUGUAUUCAUAAAAUGGAAAAAAAUUCAGCAAAAGUUGAUAUGAUUCUUGAUGAAAUUGAGAAAUACAAGGCAGUGAGGACCUUUGGUUUUCCUUCAGCUAUUAGAGGAAGAACAACCAAAUCUCUAGCUGCUUGGUGGAAAACAUAUGGUUCUUCAACUCCAAACCUACAAAAGUUUGCUAUAAAGGUUCUGAGUCUCACAUGUAGUGCAAGUGGUUGUGAAAGAAAUUGGAGUGUAUUUGAGCAUCUUCAUAGUAAGAAAAGAAAUCGGCUAUUUCAAGAACGCUUGGACAAUUUGGUAUAUGUGAAGUACAAUAGAGCGUUGCUACGCCGACACACUUUUGGGGAUAUCACAACACCUAUUGAUUUGGCAAAUAUUGAUGAGAGUAAUGAAUGGUUGCUUGGUGAAUUAGAAAAAGGUGAUGGGGAUGAUGAUGAUGAUGAUUCUCUUGUUUUCAUGAAUGACGUAUUGACCUGGGGUGAUGUUGGUAGAGCAGCUGGAGUUUCUGAAUCUCGUUAUGAAUCGAGAUCGGCUGCAAGAUCAACACCCCCAGUUGAAACUCCAUCAUUUCGAAGGCCUCGUGCAAUGAGAGGUGCAUCCUCUUCGCAAGUUGAUGAUGAUGAAGAGGAGGAAGAAUUUGUGAUGGCCGUUGUUGAAAAUGAAGAUGAUUUUGGAAAUCUUGAUGAUGAGUAG